UCAUUUCGGCAUCAGUUUCUGCCAGAGAUACAAAUUUUCGAGUUACGAACUUAGGAAUUAGGAUAUCACAGAUAAACACUAAACGUAAUAAUGUAGCAUUUUUUCAGUUAAUAUAUUAUCAAGUAGUUAAAGCAUUCAAUUUUAAUUGUGUUUCGACGUUGCUGGACUAGAGAAAAGACAAAAAUCUGAACAUUUAAAAAGUUGCUACUUGCUAGUGAGUAGUGACUUUGGUUAAUUGGAAGGCGAUUGAAUUGUUUGAGCUAAGACACUAAAGAAGAAUUCUUUGUUUUACAAGUGCUCUAUGAUGCCAUGACGAAGAACUUCAUUCGUCUUGGAAGUUCCACAUGAAUCCAAACGAGCAAAAGCUUGUUGAAAAAUAACAUAACUUCAGCCUGAAAAUGCAGCUCACCAUGAUUCAAACACCAAUAUCUUCUGAUGGGGCUCAGUCAACUGGCUCUAAUAUGGACUUCAUACUUGAGAAAAUUUGGAACAAACCAAAUGCACCUCUAGAAGAAUUUUUUGAAAUGUGGUACAAUGUUUUUUUAUGGGCAAUGUUCUCAUCCAUCUUCAUCCACUCUGUUGCAGCCAUAAUUGCAUUUCUGACUUUAAGGAAGCACGCAGUUGGACGGUUUUAUUCAAUUAUUAUUCUCUUGAUGGGAGUUGUCACACCUCUAACAACUGGGGCUGUAACAAGUGCAGUUGUAUCAUUUGUGUAUGAAAAUUCAGGACUUGUGAUGGCCAGGUGGCAUGUGGCGUUAUGGGGUGUUGGACAAACAUUCUGUGGAGCGUGUUUUGGAUUUACGAGAAUUCUAGCAGUAUUAUAGACAACAAUGGUUGUGCACUGUCACAUUCUGGUCAUGCAUUUUGUAUUUUUUCUCAAGUUCUAUAGUUUGUUGUGUAACACAUUGAUGCCUUAUUAAAUAUCUAGUUUAGGUGGAAACUGAUAAAGUAAAUGUGCAGGUAUGAAAAAUUGCAGAUAAAUUUACUGCUCUAUCAUUAAUGAUUUGUAGUGUUAUUGUAAUAGAUUGUUUAAAAUAAAUAAUUGUUACAAAUAA